GUGAGAAGUUCAGCCAUGAAGCAAACAGUGUGCUGCUGCUGCUGCUUCGUAUGACUCCAAGACUGACACAUUUACCAGAGGGAUGGAUGCAGCUGAUGACCUGGAUGAAGACGAACUUCUGCACUACGACGUCCAGAUGAGCAUCCAUGAGUCGUGUCAGAGGGAACAUCUAACGGGACCAGGAAGCGGUGAAGCUCUGAAACUGGUGGGGGCCAUCAAACAAGGUGACAUGUUGGCACUGCAGCAGCUCUGUGAUUUCCCAGAAGCCUUCAGUCAGGUGGAUGAGCGCGGCUGGUAUCCUCUGCACAGGGCGGCGGUCCAACCUCUGGUCCUGGUCCUGGAGACGGUGCUGUACGCGUCUUUCAGGCUGACUCUGGAGGAAAAGACUUCGGAGGGCGAGACCUUCCUGACUUUAGCAGUGAAAGCUGGUUUGGUGGAAAAUGUGAAGAUGCUGUUGGACCACGGAGCUUCUCCUCACACGACCAACAACAAGAAUGAAUCCCCUCUGCUUUUAGCGGUCAGAGCCGGAUCCUAUCAGAUGGUUUCCAGUCUAAUAGCUGGAGGAGCUCUGGUGGAGCAGGUGUGUCUGAAGAAGUGGACGGCCAUGCAUGAAUCCUCCAGGGCCGGCUGUGUUCGCGUCAUGGAGCUCCUGUUGCAGAACGGCGGUCAGGUCUCAGAGACGGACCAGUAUGGAGUGACUCCUCUGGGCAUCGCUGCGGAGUACAGCCAUUCUGAAGCCUUGGAGCUCCUCAUCAAACAUGGUGCUGAUGUAAACGCUCAGGCGCCGAAUGGCGACAGCGUCCUGUACGAUGCUACAGGUUCAGGGAAUCCGGACUGUAUCGACAUCCUGCUGCAGCACGGAGCAAAUCCCAACAUCCACAACCUGAGCUCUCAGCUGCCCAUCCACCACGCUGCAUACAAAGGACACUACCUAGCUUUAAGGAUUUUGAUCCCGAUCACCACCAGACGGGCCCUGCGGCUGUCCGGUCACAGCCCGGUCCACUCUGCCGCAGACGGAGGCCACACCCACUGCCUGGAGCUCCUUCUGCAGAAAGGCUUCGACGUCAACACGCGGCUAGCUGCUCACAUCUCUGACAAUUACGGAGACAUGAGGAGAAGCCCGCUGUACUUUGCCGUCUCCAACGGGGACGCGACGUGUACCGAGAUUUUGCUGAAGUCGAGAGCAAAACCCGACCUGGACCCGCUGCGCUGCCUCCUGGUGGCGGUCAGGUCGGGGCGCUACGAGAUCGUGAAGCUGCUGCUGGCGGCCAAAGCGGACGUGAACUGUUACUUCACGGUGCUGAACGAUACGGUGUUUCCCACGGCGCUGCAGUACUGCCUGAAGGACGAGGUGAUGAUGAGGCUGCUGCUCAACAACGGGUACGACACCGAGAAGUGUUUCUGUUGUAACCAUGACGACGACUGGGACGACCUGAUCGACUCGGGUUACUCACAAGAUCAGGAGGGAAAAGUUGCUUUUUGUGAUUUCGUCAGCGUCUCCUGGCUGGUCAACCUGGGACGAGUCGUGUCGAUCCUCCUCGAAUACGUCGGUCAGGUUUCCCUCUGCUGCAAGCUGACAAAGAUCCUGGAGAAACACAAAGAGUGGCCUCACAUUCACUGGACCACACGUAACCCUCGCUCUCUGUCUCACCUGAGCAGAGUGGUGAUCAGGAAACACCUGAGCUGCAGCGCUCUGAUGUCCGUCCAGCUACCCAACAGGCUGAAGGACUACCUGCUGUUCAAAGAGAACGACCUGUACGCCCAAAUCAUCUGCAGGGAGAACUGAGGGGACAAGGAUUUCUAUCGGAUCUAUCGAGUCUUAAAUGUCAGUAAUGACAUGUGGUUUAUUUAAUAGAGCCUGGAUUUAUCAAACAUCUACAAAUAACAUUUAAGAAUGCUCUAAAGAGCCAAUUUAGUGGUAAAAAAGUGUGAGCAAUAAGACAAUCAAGUUACUUACAGGCCCAGAUCUGUACUGUAUGACUGUAUUUUUAUUUUUACUUUCACAGUGUUUCAAAGGGGCAUUAACUAAGAUUACAAAAUAACCAUAAAAUACAUGCAGUUAGUUACUGAUCAGUCACUUCAUGGCUGAGGUGACUCAGAUUUCUGGGACUCAAGUGUUUGAGGACGGAGCCUCUUAGUUGUGACUCUUUUUGUGGAAAAUAUAUCAGACCAGUUGAUGUUCAGACCGUUAUAUAACCAAAAGCAGGUAAGGCACUUAAAUACUCUAAAUUCUUGAAUAUAAAUAAUGUCAAGGGAUCAAAUACUAGCUUCUAUCAUUGCUUAUACUGUGUCAUUUUUUAGUGCUUUAUUGCAAAUUUCAUGUAUAUACCUGUAUGUAUAUAUAGUAUAUAUAGAUAUAUAUAAAAAACAGGCAUAGACUGUACAUAAGAAGUGGACAUGGUCACAGUGAUGCCACUCAUUGGUUUGUUGACUACGGUUUUGAAGCCUCGAGUUUGACAUUUUGGCCAUCGCCAUCUUGGAACCAGAAGCGACAUGAGAGGGUGGAGCUAAGUCCGAACACUGAAAUUAAAACAGAAGAAGAUCAGACGCUUCUUACUAAAAUGAGAUCAAGUAUACUUAUUAGACGUGAAAUUGGAUAUAAAGGCAUGUCUCUAAAAUAAGCCUGUUAUAAAUAAAGGUCUGGAGGUAAAUAAAUGUCCUGUCUACUAUUUGAUAAUUUGCAGUAUUGAGAAGUAAGCCUUCUGUUGUCACCUUUCUAACAGUUGUAAAUACAUUUGAGAUGUAUUUCAUUAAACUUUUGUGUUAUUAUGAUACACAUGCCUGGUAAUCAUCAUCACAAAAUGUUGGCCCGCUCCCAAGGGAUCACUUUAUUUAUUACCUCAGUAAACAUUGUAAACAUGA